AUGUAUCCAAAACCAGCAAUUGGAUCCUGGCAUACUCCGUGCACCCACAGAAUGCGACGUCUGGGGUCAAACUUCCCUGCGCCAAAACAGGGAUUUUCAGAUAAGAAAUCAGAGGACCUCCUUUUUAUGGCAAUAGUUGAAGAUUAUCAUCGAAGAUCUUCAGUCAAGAUGAAUGAUGUUCAACAGGCGUGCUGGUUAAUGAGGAAGGUGAUCAAGUUGAUCCAUAUGGGUAUUGCCCUGCCCUGCAGGCCAGCGCUAGAUGCCGGCAUCCACAGUUGA